UGUAAUAGACUUGCGUCGGCAAGUCAACAUUGAUCCACCGCGUAUUUGGAGUGGAGACAGCGGUGGGCCGAACAUGACGCUUCGACCAGCACAACUACUCAUACUGUCAUUAGCUCGCUUCGCACGAUACGCCAGGCGAGGUCUCCAUCGACAUGGAGUUCAUCUCAUCUCAGAACGACAAAUUGGUUAUCCACGAUAGCAAAGGUUUCGAACCAGGGGAAGCAGACAAUAUCAAAAUAGUCCGAGAUUUUAUGGAACGUCGGAGGGCAAUGCCUGCUUUGAAAGACCAGCUGCACGCUGUUUGGCUUUGCUUUGAGAUACCUUGUGCAGGCGGACGUUUGCUAGAGACGGGAACGGAAGAUUUCCUGGAAUCAAAACGUAGUGGAAUGCUGGGAGACGUCCCCAUUAUCGCCGUUUUUACGAAAUACGAUAUGCUCAUUGAUCGCAUGGAACGAACUCUAGAUGAAACCUCUAUCAAUGGCUUGAGCAAUAAAGCCAUCGAGGAACUCGCCAAGAACAAAGCAGACGCCGAGCUGGAGGAUACCUGUAUUGGACCUCUAAAGCAAUUUGCAGGGCCUGACAUUCCCUACGCUACGACCUCUACCGCAAUAGACUAUGAGGAGACACUCAUGCACCUGAUUCAAAUAACUGAAAACUGUGUUGAUCAGUAUUUUGUGCCCCAGGCCGCGGUGAUCACCUCCAUCGCUCAGCGAAUACAACCUGGACUCAAAAUGAAGGCAUCAAUUGAGGUUGGCAAGAGAAGAUAUUGGAAGACGCUUUCAUUGGGCACAAUAUUCAUGAAACACAAGAUGCGGGAUUGUCUAUAUGUGCUUCAUACUGACAUCGUCGAUGUGUGGGACUUCAAUGACCCUCAUCACUAUUUGCUCAGCGCAGAGUUCAGGGAAUUGAUGAUAAAAUGGUCGAAGUUGGAUCUACAAAAGGACAUCGACGCUUCUCUCUCGGCCACUCGGCGCUCCAGCGCUUCAUGUCCUACAUCGUCGACUUAAUACUUGUGUUGCAGACGCUUUAUCUCGUGUCAGGAAGCCAUGAAGUCACUCGUAGGGCCAUCAAGCUCGCGAUCAAGUCCUAUAUCGUCUCCCCAAUGAGUGAGGAA